UUUUUCCAUAUUUUCACUUAUUUGUUUUCAACAUCAUUAGUACUGUGAUUAUAUAAAUUCACAAUAUUUUUCAGAUAACCUUGAAGACAAUGGAGUUGAUCUCUUAUCUGUUUCUAUCGCUAUUAGCCCAUUCUGCUUCAGGGGCCAGCAACACUCCAGAUGAUAUCUUCAUCCUAGCUGGACAGAGCAACAUGGCAGGCAGAGGCGGCGUUACUGACAACAAAUGGGACGGAGUAGUCCCUCCGGAGUGCGCGCCCAAUCCCUCCAUUCUCCGCUUAAAUGCUAAGCUCGGUUGGGAAGAAGCCCACGAGCCACUUCAUGUAGACAUCGACGUGGGUGGGACAUGUGGGGUUGGUCCUGGGAUGGCUUUUGCCAAUGAAAUUCGAGCCCGCAGUUCGAAAAUUGGGGUGGUGGGUCUGGUCCCUUGCGCCGUAGGUGGAACAGCGAUCAACACGUGGGCAAGGGGAACCCAGCUGUACAAUCAGUUGGUUAACAGGACAAAAGAGUCAGUGAAGGGAGGGGGAUCCAUCCGGACCGUUUUGUGGUACCAAGGGGAGAGCGAUACGGUGAGGAAAGAGGAUGCCGAGGCGUAUAAAGGGAACAUGGAGAAGCUGAUUUCGGAUCUUCGCUCUGAUCUCAAUUUGCCAUCUUUACUCUUCAUCCAGGUGGCACUUGCAUCUGGACAAGGUAAGUUUAUAGAGAUAGUGAGAAACGCUCAGCUGCAGAUCAAUCUGCCUAAUGUCAAGUGUGUGGACGCCAAGGGGCUUCCUCUUGAACAAGAUAACGUUCACCUUACUACAGCGUCUGAGGUUCAGUUGGGUCUGAAAUUGGCUCAGGCCUUUUUGGAAUCUUCUUAGCCAUCUACUCUGAUUAAGUGAGAUGCUAAAUUCUGCAUCCACCAAUAAAGAAAGUUGGUAGACAUAUGUAAGUUAUUUAGGGACGAGUUUAUAAAGAAUAAAAAGUUUU